GUCUGCAAACGUGCGCGUCUCUCGGCUGCAGAUGCGUCGCGUGCUUUCGUAUCCGCGAGUUCGGUGACAGAUUUUAUUAUACUCUCAAGGAGUGAAUCCUAACAGUUUAUUAGUGAUAAAGGUUCAAUUACAGUGGUUUUAGUGACGUCAUAAUGUUAAGAUCUCCAGAGGCAUGUGCGUGCCCAAUUCAAGAAGUGGGGCCGUCAAUGGCAGGGUCGUGUCCCAACCAGUAUUUACUAUUCAUGACAAUAUUGGAAGCAUUUGUAAACAGUCGUUGCGACCUCGCAGACCCAUGUCAGAGGAUCACAAGUAGGGAAGAUCUGGAUGACAGUUACGACUUCAUAGUGGCAGGGGGUGGCACUGCUGGAGCAGUAGUUGCUGGAAGAUUGUCAGAGAAUCCUCAGUGGAAGGUGUUAUUAAUAGAGGCAGGUGGCGAUGAACCAACUGCCUCAUCUGUCCCAGCAUGGGUGACAGCAUACUGGGGACGAGAAGAGACUGAUUGGAUGUAUUACACUGAACCUCAAGAGAAGGCAUGCCUAGAAGACGAGGGUAAAUGCUACUGGCCUAGAGGGAAAAUGUUAGGGGGCUGUUCGGUAAUCAACGGCAUGAUGUACCAACGAGGUCACAGUGCAGACUACGAUGCAUGGGCAGUGAACGGUGCGGCUGGCUGGUCUUGGUUCGAUGUUCUACCAUACUUCCUCAAAAGCGAGGACAAUAAGGAAAUCGGGAGGGGAAUAUCUGGCCAAUAUCAUAAUACUGGUGGACCAUUGCCAGUUCAGAAGUUCCGUUACGCGCCUCAAUUCGCUCACGAUGUGGUGUCUGCUGCUAUUGAGAUUGGUUAUCUGCCUACCAGCGACUUAAAUGGAGAAACUAUUACAGGUUUCACUAUAGCGCAGACUAUGAGUGAUGGAUCCCGAUACAGUACAGCACGUACUUUCCUUCGGCCAGGGGCGAAGCGUGACAACCUUCACGUUCUGCUCAAUGCUCAUGUUUCACGAGUAAUAGUAGACCCGGUUCUCAAGAAAGUCCAAUCUGUCGAGUAUAUUAAGAAUGGAGAAACCAAAACAGUACGAGUAAAUAAAGAGGCGAUACUAUCAGCUGGCACUUUAAAUACUCCACAAAUUCUUCUGCUCUCCGGUAUCGGCCCUAAAGACACUCUAAACAAGUUCAAUAUACCAACUAUUAAGGAAUUGCCUGGAGUGGGUCAGAAUCUGCAGAACCACGUGGGUCUAGAAAUGAAGUUCACGUUGAACAAGCUGGCUGAAGUACCUGAAUUGAAUUGGGCUACUGCAAUGGACUAUAUGUUGAAACGGGAAGGACCUUUGUCUGGAACUGGACUUUCACAGUUAACUGGUAUAGUGAACUCUAAAUACGCCUCAUCGGGCGGCAGAGAUCCCGACCUGCAAUUCUUUUUUGGUGGAUUUUACGCCGGUUGUGGAAGCGGUGAUAUCAUAGAUCCAGAAUCUGACUUAAGUGACAAAAGAGAAGUUUCCAUAUCAGGUAUCAACCUGCACCCCCGCAGUAGAGGGUAUAUAAGCAUUCGAUCGGUGGAUCCUUUGCAACCUCCAGUGAUGCAGCCCAACUACUUUUUGGAUGAACACGACCUCGAUGUGCUAGUCGAGGCUGGAAGAAUAGCUUAUAGGCUAGCGAAUUCUACGAUCCUGCGAGAGAAAUACGGUAUGACGCCGUCCGAGGAGCACGGUACAGUAUGUCAGGGUGGCGGUGUGAACCCUACUGAUGAAUUCUUCAAAUGUCUAGCGAAACACCACACUGCUCCAGAGAACCACCAAGUGGGAACUUGUAAGAUGGGCCCCGAGUCGGAUCCAAUGGCUGUUGUAGAUAUGGAGUUAAAGGUUCAUGGCAUUGAAGGUCUACGAGUAGUGGAUGCUUCUAUAAUGCCUACAGUGAUAUCAGCAAAUACAGCAGCACCAACAAUAAUGAUUGGCGAACGCGGAGCAGAAUUCAUUCGGAUACGGCAUCAACGCUCUAAAAACAAGCCAGGUGAUGUCGCCAAUAGAUUCGGAGACGACACGGACACGAACGCUAGCGGAAACUAUGCCAGUAACGAAGGCGACAACGGUAAUAGGUGGACAUUUGGCGACUACGCGAGUAACGAGGCCAAAGACGACAAGCUAACAAACAAUCAUGACUUCCACGCUUGGGAUCACAGGUGGAAACCGUGGGAGAAGAAUUUCCAUACCAACAGACAAUGGGACCAAAAAAAUCAAUAUUUUCAACCGAAUAAUGAAUGGUAUAAACAUCAAGUACCGUCGCAAACUCAGAACUAUGAGAACUCAAGAUAAAAGAUUAGUACCGUUAUGUUCCUAAUACUUAUGGCGUAUCAUAUAUGUAAUAGAUGCAUCGUUACCACCAUCGUAGUAUAAAAAAAAAUAUGUUUGUACAUCUUUUUAUCACUUGUAUUUGAACUCUAAAAUUAAUUUACCGCACAGUUUGACCUAUUUACUAGCAACUACUAGUAAAGUUCGAGCUUUGUUUAUAU